AUGGAUCUCGUUGAAAAUGUAGAAAGCAGUGCUGUUUCAGAUUUGAUUUUAAAACUUUGUAAUAGUUUAUCUAAAAAUAAUCCAGUUGUAGCUUCAAAUUUAUGUAAAGUUGCGUUUCAUUUCUUAUCUUCAUCACCUUUAUCAACCAAUAAUCCAGGCCAAGAAAGCUAUAUUGUUGAACAAAUUAGGCAAAGACUAUCUUCACAAGCCAAAGAAAAGCUUGAUAAAUUUGAUGUCUUGUAUUCCAAAUUAUGUGAAUCUACAAUUCUUCAAAACAGAUGUGCUUCUUUAAGUUUUCUGUAUCAAUUGUCACAAGAUUUGAUGCACAAACCUUUUAAAAGUGAUGUUCCUACUUGGCACACAAUUUCAAAAGAGUUGGAUAAAUUUCAUUCUCAAACUAAUCUGGAACCUUCAAGUUCGCAAGAAAGUGUAAGAAAUCUGUAUGAUCCUAGAGAUAGAAAAAGAAACAGUAGUGCUAGUACAUCAGCAACUCGAGUGCAUUCUGGGAUAUCUACAAUUACAUCUUGUUGGUCUAGGACUGAUAUUCCUUCUUCUUCAAAAGCAACUAGUCUAUCAGCUGUAAAUGAACAAGAUCUCCUUCUAGAUGUCAUAUAUUCAUUCCAAGGCAUUGAGGGAAAAUUUUUGCGUAAGGAACCAGGUGGUCUGGGGUUCACUCUAGAUCCCAAAGCUGGAAAAUACCUCACACCCUUCCAGAAGGGAAUUCUCGAACGAUUGACUGGUAUGAGUUUUCUUCACAAUCAGUUAAAGAGGUACUGUGAAGAAAAUGAAAAACAAAGGGGUAUGAUUUGCCAGGCUUUAAUUGCCACCCUAAGUGAUGAAUUGUCUGAGUAUUAUAAAACUGUUGCAUUGCUUCAGGCCAGUAUGAACAGACAAAGUACUGCAAAUUUCUCAGAUAUGACUUUAAAGAGAGCUCUAUAUGUGAUAUCUGAUCACUAUACUAGAUUCGAAUGGCUGGCUUACAUUUCUGAACAGUGCAGUGAUAAAAAAGGUGGUGCUCUUAUAACUGCUAUUCAUGGUUUCCUUCAGCAUGGCUCCAAAUGUGCCAGAGAGGUUUCAGAAACAGUUCUCAAGUCAGUUUGCAAACCUUUAUAUGUCAUGCUGUCACGAUGGCUGCUUGAUGGUGAAUUAAACGAUCCAUGCAAUGAAUUUUUCAUAGAAGCCAAAACGAUACUGUCUGCUGAACGGCUGUGGCAUGACAAAUAUAACGUCAGAAAAUCGAUGGUGCCAUCUUUUAUAACAAUGAGUCAGGCUAAUAAAAUUCUCGCCACGGGCAAAAGUAUAAAUUUCUUAAGACAAAUUUGUAAGGAUGGUGGAGAAUUGCCUGGUAGAGUAUCACUGCAGAAAUUAUUUAAAACUAGUACAGCUGAAUCUUUAUUUGCCCCCGAACAAAGCAUAGAAUUCCAUACAACUUUAGAAAACGUCUAUAAAGAAACUUCGAUACGAGUUUUAGACUUAUUAAAGAAUAAAUAUAAAUUAUAUGAACAUUUACAAUCCCUUAGGAGAUAUUUGUUGUUAGGUCAAGGAGAUUUUAUCAGACAUUUGCUGGAACUUUUAGCGCCGGAAUUGAACAAACCCGCUGAAAACAUUUACGGUCACACGUUAUCCGCCAUUUUGGAAUCGGCAAUUCGAGUAACGAACGCUCAAUAUGAAGACGAAGACACGCUGAAACGACUCAACGUCAGUUUCAUGAGCCAUUCGGCGGGAGAUUCCGGGUGGGACGUGUUCAGUUUGGUGUAUAUCGUCGAUGGGCCCAUUGGUACGAUUUUCCAACAUACCAUGCCGACGUACCAAAGCCUGUUCGGGGCCCUUUGGAAAGCCAAGAGAACGGAAUACACGUUGGCCAAUAUGAGAAGGCAGCAGAUCUGUAUGGCGAAGUCUUUCAGGGGAAUAAGAGAGAUAAGGCCAGUAAUGCACCUCAUUCAUAUUCUAACCAGCAAAAUGAUACAUUUCCUCCAUCAAACACAAUACUACUUUCUAUUUGAAGUAUUAGAAUGUUCCUGGGCCGAAAUGCAACAUCAAGUUAAUAAAGCGGAAAGUUUAGACGACAUUAUAGCUGCACAUACGGGAUUUUUGUCUUCCAUACAAAGAGGGGUGUUGUUAGAUGAAAGUUCUAGGGUAAGUCAACUCUUUUCCCACCUGAUCUCCAUCUACAACUUCGUGAUGAACUUAGAAUCGCACCAAGAAGCUCUCUAUCAAGCCUGCGCCGACGAGCACGAAGCGUACACGGCUUACCAGAAAAAACUCAACGCCUGCGAUACUUUCGGCACCAACCUCGACGAGGAGAAUGCCAAUAUUCUACGACGCGCCACAUUCCAUCAAUUCCUCAGCACGACGCGCGUCAAAGUCAAAACCUCGGCGCAAACUUAUGACAUAAUAGUUUUGAAUUUUCUCGAUUUGUUGUCGAAGAGCGUCAACAUGAAUCUCAGGUUGUUGAGCGUCAGAUUAAGUUUUAAUAAUUUCUACCGUAUUCCAUGA